UUUCGACAUCAGGCUUUGAUAGAAAAUCACGCUCCUGAAAUAUCACGCAGCUACACAGACUCUAACACAACCGCGCUCCCCUCGGCGGAAGCUGGGCUCACUACUGCUUCCGGUCUGGUAGUAAUGGCAGCGCCCGGUGCAAAGGUGCAGUCUCUGUCUAAAGCCGAAUACUUGAAGCGGUAUCUAGAUUCUGGAGGCGACAAUGGGGAGGCAAAGAAAAAGAAGAAAAAGAGUAAGAGGACAGAAGGAAAGGGGAUGCGGAUAGUUGACGAUGAUGCUGAAGAGUGGAAGAAGAUGCCUAGCAAACAAGAGCAAGCGGUAGAGGUAGAGGAAGAGGAGGAUCAGCCUGUUGUGGCAGAAUUCGUAGAUGAACGACCUGAUGAUGUAAAACAAAUGGAGAUAUUCAGGACCAGCAACAAAUGGAAACUAAUUCAAGAUACUGGAAAUGAAUCAUCCAGGAUGGAGAGUUCUUCAGCUCUUGUAUCCAUAGACGGUAGUACUGACAGGCCAACUAGUUCACCGAAAAGAAAUAUUCAGAAUUAUAGAGAGAAAGAUGAUUCUUCUGAUGCCUCCCCACCUUGCAGAAAGAGGCAUGAUUCUUCAGAUCCAUCACCUCCUCCAAGAAAAAGACAAGAUUCUUCUGAUAAAUCACUACCUAGGAGAGGGAGGCACAACUCUACCGAUCCGUCUCCACCCCGGAGAGGGAGGCACGCCUCUCCCGGCCCUUCCCCACCCCGGAGAGGGAGGCACGCCUCUCCCGGCCCUUCUCCACCCCGGAGAGGGAGGCACGACUCUCCCGACCCUUCUCCACCCCGGAGAGGGAGGCACGACUCUCCCGACCCUUCGCCACCCCGGAAAGGGAGGCACGACUCUCCCGACCCUUCGCCACCCCGGAGAGGGAGGCACGACUCUCCCGACCCUUCGCCACCCCGGAGAGGGAGGCACGACUCUCCCGACCCUUCGCCACCCCGGAGAGGGAGGCACGACUCUCCCGACCCUUCGCCACCCCGGAGAGGGAGGCACGACUCUCCCGACCCUUCGCCACCCCGGAGAGGGAGGCACGACUCUCCCGACCCUUCGCCACCCCGGAGAGGGAGGCACGACUCUCCCGACCCUUCGCCACCCCGGAGAGGGAGGCACGACUCUCCCGACCCUUCGCCACCCCGGAGAGGGAGGCACGACUCUCCCGACCCUUCGCCACCCCGGAGAGGGAGGCACGACUCUCCCGACCCAUCUCCACCCCGGAGAGGGAGGCACGACUCUCUUGACCCUUCUGUAAAUCGAAAAAGAAAACAAGGUUCUACUGAACCUUCAUUUUCUAGAAAUAAAGAAUGUAAAUAUCCUUCUGAUCCCUUUGCAACUAGUAAAAGUAGGCAGAACUCAAGUAAAUCUUCUCCCUCUCAAAAAGAUUAUCACAGCUCAUCAAAGAUCAUGCCUCACCACAAGGAUCAGUAUAAAUCAUCUGCACACUCAUCCCGCACUCUGAAGGGCGGAGAAAAAACUAAGAAUUUCUCAUCUCAUGACAAGGGAAAAAUUGACUCCCAGGAGCUUUCCAGCAACUCGUCUGAGAAGGACCGUAAACGUAGACAUGAUAUUUACAAACCUACAAAUUCAAACAGAAGUGCACAGUGCCAAAACCUUAAUAGUUUCAAUCACCAUUCCUCUGCUAGACACAAUUCUGACUCAGAAUCCCCUCAUUCAAAGAAAAGAGACAAGACACGAAAAAGAAGGAAAGAAGCAACACAGCAGCAGAACUCUGAUUCAGACCUUUCUCCACCACGUCACACAAAGAAAAGAGGCUCAGACUCAGACCUGUCACCACCACGGCAUACACGAAAGGACUCAGAUUCUGACCUCUCCCCACCACGUCACUCCAAGAAAAGGGGUUCAGACUCAGACCUUUCCCCACCAAGGUGUAGAACUGAUGACCACAGAGGCUCUGCAGUUGGUCGCAUACAAAAAGGAGAAAGUUCUAGGAUGCUGUCUGGAGGCAGAGUCGGCCUUGUGUCUGCUGAGAUAAUUAGGGAGGAAAAGGUGGAGCUGAGAAAGGGACUAAAAGAUAACAAACAUUUGGAAGAUGAAUCCAGGAAUGCAGAAACUGUUUUCAGAGAUAAAAGUGGCAAGCGCAGGGACCUGAAUAUAGAACGGGAACAACAGCAACAGAAACAGGCAGCUCAGGAUAAGAAAGAUGAACUGUAUGCACAGUGGGGAAAAGGCCUGGCCCAAAAGGAGCAACAGCAAAAAAAAUUGGAGGAUGCUAUCAAAGAAAUGGAAAAGCCACUUGCCAGAUACAUUGAUGAUACUGAUCUGGACAAAAUGUUGCGAGAACAGGAGAGAGAGGGUGACCCAAUGGCCAAAUUUCUGCAAAAAAAGAAAGAUAAAAAAACAAGUGAGAAAAAAGAACGACCAAGGUAUAAGGGUCCCAACCCCCCACCAAACAGGUAUAAUAUCUGGCCUGGAUAUCGCUGGGACGGUGUGGACCGGUCCAAUGGAUUUGAGAAGCAAUUCUUUGCUAGGAUGGCAGAAAAGACAGCUGUACAGGAGGAAGCAUACAAGUGGAGUGUAGAAGAUAUGUGAACAAGAGAACAGACUUCAUACAGAGCAGGGAUAGAAUUGGUCCAUCAUGUGUUCUGUCUUGACCGUACACUACCAGCCCUGCAAUUAGCAUCUUGAUUCCUUCAUUUGGGUAGAACUAGCCUCUUCUCAGGGUAUUUCUCAGACAGUCCUUUUUUUUUAGAUACCCAGCAGCAACCCUUGGUGACCGUGGUCAGAAUACCUAUAUACCCUGUGGGUAAGCUUUACUAUGUAUUGUACAGUGCCUCCGAUGCUUCUCUCAAUUCUGAGGUAUUCACCUAGAUUUAAAGAUGUUUUAUUUUAUUUUCUUUUAACAAGUUUCAGUUGCUUCUUGUAUAAUGGUGAAUUGUAAGAUAUUAAAUAUUUCCAGUUUCUAUUAAAAUCAAAGUGCUGUAA